CAACUAGCAGGCCACUUCUUUCUUACGCUCCCUUUUGCCACUUUACAUAUUCGAAAACAUGGCGGAAGCCGCAGUCCCCAAGGGCGUUUCAAAGGACGCCGUUACUGCGACAAUUGACUUGCUCAAGCCACAGGAAUCGCAAGACAAGACGCUCAAGAUCGAGAACACCGAAAAGCGUGAUACUUUAAUCGAAGCCGAGAAGCGCUACCAAAAGUCGUGGGAAGAGCAGGGAGUUUUCCAACCGGACGCACCAUCUCUCGAGGAAGUACCGUUCGACACCAACCCGGAGGACUUGCGUGCAAAGCACCCAAAAUGGUUCGGUAACUUCGCUUACCCGUACAUGAACGGAACUCUGCACGCCGGCCAUGGUUUCACUGCGUCGAAAGUCGAGUUCACUGCUGGUUUCCAGAGAAUGACUGGCAAGCGAACUCUAUUCCCUCUCGGUUACCACGUGACUGGCAUGCCCAUCAAAGCAUGCGCAGACAAGCUUGUCAGGGAAAUCGAGCAAUUCGGCCAGAACUUCGAACGAUGCCCUGUCGAGGAUGUCAUCGAAGGUGGCCCUCAGGAACCACCUGCGCCUACACAGGCCGAGACCAAGACUGACCUCACCAAGUUCAAAGCUACCAAGGGAAAGGCAGCUGCCAAGACUGUCAAGACCAAAUACCAGUUUCAGAUCAUGCUAGCGCAAGGCAUUCCCGUUGAGGAGAUACACAAAUUCGCCGACCCGUACCACUGGAUCCAGUUCUUCCCUCCUCUGGCCAAGCGCGAUCUCACAAACUUCGGUGCCAGGAUAGAUUGGCGACGACAGUUCGUUACCACAGACGCUAACCCAUACUACGACUCUUUUGUUGCAUGGCAGAUGCGUAAGCUCAAGGAGUUGGGCAAGAUCAUCUUCGCAAAGAGGUACACGAUCUACAGUCCCAAGGACGGCCAAGCGUGUAUGGAUCACGACAGGCAAUCUGGUGAGGGUGUCGGUGUUCAGGAGUACACAGCUCUGAAGAUGAAGGCAGUACAAUGGUCGGACUCGGCGAAGGCUAUCAUUGAUGGCAAGCUCCCUGAGGGCGCCAACGCAUACUUCAUCCCUGCUACUCUGAGGCCUGAGACCAUGUACGGCCAGACCUCGUGUUUCGUGGGCCCCACCAUCGAGUACGGACUUUUCCACGUCAAGGACAACGAGUACUUUGUCUGCAGUCAGCGUGCGGCGCGCAACAUGAGCUACCAGCCUGGCACACCCGGUACAUUCAAGGAGGAGGGCAAGACCAACCAGAUUGCCAGCUUCAAGGGUAAGGAUCUUGUUGGCACCAUCGUCAACGCUCCUCUGUCUGUCCACAAGGAUGUUUACAUUCUUCCCAUGGAGACUGUCAAGGAUACCAAGGGUACAGCGGUCGUCACCUGUGUGCCAUCGGACUCGCCCGAUGACUACAUCACAUCGCUUGAUCUGGCGAAGAAGGCCGAGUACUACGGUAUCCAGAAGGAGUGGGUCAAGUUUGACGACAUCCUCCCUAUCAUCGACACUCCUACCUACGGCAACCUCUGCGCAAAGAAGCUUGUUGAGGACUUGAAGAUCCAGUCGCCCAAGGAUUCCGCGAAGCUUGCAGAAGCAAAGGAUAAGGCGUACAAGGAGGGCUUCUACAAGGGUACCAUGGUGUACGGCGAGCAGAAGGGUAAGUCGGUUGAGGAGGCCAAGCCUCUUGUUCGCAAGCAGCUCAUCGACGCCGGAGACGCCUUUCCAUACGCUGAGCCUGAUGGCAAGGUCAUCAGCCGAAGUGGUGACGACUGCGUUGCUGCUUUGCUGGAUCAGUGGUACAUGAACUACGGUACCGCAGAGAACGGUGGUGACGGUGAAUGGGCCGAGAAGGUCCGCGCCCACAUCGAGAGCGAGCUCAACCUCUACUACCCCGAGGCUAAGAACCAGUUCUUGCGUGUAGUCGACUGGCUGGGCAACUGGGCUUGCGCACGUUCGUAUGGUCUUGGAUCGAAGGUGCCCUGGGAUGAGGCUGUCAUGGUCGAGUCUCUGUCGGAUUCUACGAUCUACCAGGCCUACUACUCGUUCGCGCAUCUCCUACACAAGGACAUGUUCGGCAAGGAGCCUGGUCCUCUCAACAUCAAGCCUGAGCAGUUUACCGACGAUGUCUGGGACUACGCUUUCGGCCGCCGCGAGCGCACCAGCCUUCCCGAGUCAGACAUUGCCAAGGAAGCUCUGCAGACCUUGAGGAGGCACUUCGACUACUGGUACCCGCUUGACAUGCGUACCAGUGGUAAGGAUCUGAUCCAGAACCACUUGACCUUCAACCUCUACGUCCAUACUGCUAUCUUCCCUCAGGAGAACUGGCCACGUAGCUUCCGUGUCAACGGUCAUCUGCUCCUGAACGGUGACAAGAUGAGCAAGUCGACCGGUAACUUCCUCACCAUCGCCGGUGCUGUUGAGAAGUUCGGCGCGGAUGCCACGCGUCUGGCCCUUGCCGAUGCUGGUGACGACAUGAACGAUGCUAACUUCGAGGAGACUGUCGCCAACGCCAAUAUUUUGAAGCUGUACGAGCUCCGCAAGUGGUGCGAGGAGCUUGUUCGCGAGAAGAUAACCAUCGUCGAUGGCUCUAAAUACACAGAGACCAAGGAGAAGGAGCGCGUCAGGAACCCCGACGUCAUCCAGCGCCAGAGCGGAAGCGAGCGUGUACUCCUCGACGACCUGUUCGAUAACGAGAUGAAUGCCCUCGUCGCCGAGACAUACGGUCACUACUCCGGCACAAUGUACAAGGCAGCCCUCAAGUCUGGAUACCACGACUUUACCUCCGCUCGUGACUUCUACCGCGAAGCUACCAAGGCCGCCGGUAUUGGUAUGCACGAGGACCUUGUCAAGAAGUUCAUCGAGCUCCAGGCUCUGAUGAUCGUCCCAAUUGCCUCUCACUGGGCUGAGCACAUCUGGCUUGAGGUUCUCAAGAAGGACGAGACCAUUCAGAAGGCACAGUGGCCUAAGGUCCCUGAGGCUAAUGCCCGCCUUUCUGCGGCCCGGGACUUCGUCCGCACAACACAGUCGAACAUCACCUCUGCUGAGGGCGCGGCCGUCAAGCGUCUCAGCAAAGGCAAGGCUGCGAACUUCGACCCCAAGAAGGAGAAGAAGAUCACCAUCUUCGCGGCGCAGGAGUUUCCCGCUUGGCAAAAGAAGUACAUCCAGAUGAUCCGCGACAACUACCCCAACCUUGACAUCAAGGCCCUCAGCAAGCAGAUCGAUAAGUCCGAGUCCAAGAAGGCUAUGCCCUUCAUCAACGCCCUGAAGCGCCGUCUCGACUCUGGCGAGCCCUCCGACGUCGUUCUCAACCGCGAGCUCGCUUUCAACGAGCUCGACACUCUGCGCUCCAUGGUGCCUGGUCUCAAACAGACUGUACAGAAGUGCGUGGACGUUGAGAUAAUCUCUGUUGCUGAUGGUGGAAAGGAGGGUGUUGUCAUCAAAGAGGAUGGAAGCAAGGGCGAGGAGAGGAAGGAACUGCCACCGCAGGCGGGCAGUGCGGAGCCGGGCAGCCCAAGCUUUGCGUUUGAGAACGUUGAGAGUCUGCCUGUGAGGUAAAGAGCUGGAACGUUGGCAUGACCUGGAAUUUGGACAAUGACCAGAAAGAGAUAAACGAUGCGCAUGACAAAACAUAGAUGAUGAAAUCUACGAAGAU